AUGCAGUUGUGUUGUACAGAGACUCGUGCAGAGCAAAGGAGGACUGACCUUGUGGGCGAGCAUGCACAGCCAGAUGCUGACAGAGGGACAACUGAUGAAACGGGAGGAAAUCUGAAGAACGCAUUUUCCCAACAACCAGUCAGCUCGCUAACCUCUGGAGAGUGCAUCUCACAAAUCGAACAACUCUGCUCACGGCUACAGCCCUGCCGUCGAGACACUCGCCUCACCCUGCUGCUCACGCUUCCCUGGCCGGCACCAGGGCACCUGGAGAGGAAGCGUCAGGGACAACCGUUAACACUGUCCCCACGCCCCUGCGCCUGUGCGAGGGUGCUGGUCUGGCCCCUCAGGAGCGCAGGGCCCACAGCAAAGCUCUGCUUCCCAAGGAGCCCCCAGGCGGCCGCGGCCUGCCCGGCCCUCAGCUGCGCCGGGGGAGCGGCUCUGCCGCGCUUCCCCGCGGCCGGGAGAAGGAGCGCUGAGUUUGGUUUAAUUUUGGAUGACACUGGUGUAUCUAUUACUUAUUAUAUUCAGCAAAACAUAAGGGCAGACUGUUCCAACAUUGACAAGAUCCUUGAACCUCCUGAAGGCCAGGAUGAAGGUGUAUGGAAGUAUGAACAUUUAAGACAAUUCUGCCUUGAGCUCAAUGGACUAGCUGUCAAGCUUCAGAGUGAAUGUCACCCGGACACGUGUACUCAGAUGACAGCUACUGAACAGUGGAUUUUUCUUUGUGCAGCUCAUAAAACUCCCAAAGAGUGUCCUGCUAUAGACUACACCAGACACACACUUGAUGGAGCUGCUUGUCUUCUGAAUAGCAAUAAGUAUUUCCCCAGCAGGGUUAGCAUAAAGGAAUCUUCUGUAGCCAAAUUAGGAUCAGUGUGCCGAAGGAUUUACAGAAUAUUUUCACAUGCUUAUUUUCAUCACCGGCAGAUAUUUGAUGAAUAUGAAAAUGAAACUUUCUUGUGUCACCGGUUCACUAAAUUUGUGAUGAAGUAUAAUCUGAUGUCAAAGGAUAACCUGAUUGUACCAAUUUUGGAAGAAGAAAUGCAAAAUUCAGUGUCAGGGGAGAGUGAGGCAUGAUGGGAAUGGCAAUAGAGAAGCCUGCAUUGAUAUAAACAGAACAUUAAUUACAUACUGUAUAUAUCAGUUUAGACACUUUGAUCACCUAUCUGCAUAGCUUUGUUAGUAUACUUUUUGUAUGCUGUGUGCAUUGCCUUUUAAUAUGGGAAAUACUUUAAGUUAUUCAUGGGCUGUAUAUUCCAUGUGGCACUCAUGGUUUUCAAAUAAAAGUAGUAGUAUCUGUUUAUAAUGCCUGUUAAUAAAAGAAUUUACAGUUCUCUAAGA